UGUUGAACUAUGAGAACGUGGUGGAGACGAGUUCGGAGACGGACGAAGACGACAGGACGUUGGUGUCUGAGGAGAACGGCCUCGCUAAUGGCGGAGGAGGAAGAGGAGGAGGAGAGGAGGAGGAAGAUGCCAGCAGCCCGGCCAGUGUUCCCACUCUGGAGGCGUCGCCGCGGGUCGCCCACGCUCUGCUGUCCUACGGCGGCCCGGAGGAGUCAGAGGUCAGGGAGAGCCUACACCACGGCUGGAGGCUGCGAGACGAUACCAACGGACACCUGAACGGCACCGAUGACAGGAAGGACGAGUAUGAAGCUGUCGGUCCGGAGGCGUCUCUGCACGCGGUGGGAAACGGAACAGUGAAGCGUCUGGACGGCGUCUCCGAGCUCGACGAAUACUUUCUGAAACGUAAACUUGAGGACGGCGACGGUCACCCAGCAACCAUCGCUGAGUACCUGCAGCGCAGCGACACCGCCAUCAUCUACCCCGAAGCCCCGGAGGAGCUGACGCGCCUGGGAACGCCGGAAGCCGAGAGGGACGAGAGCGAGCAGGACGUGCCGCCGGGCGCCGCCGAUGACUUUGCGGCGCUGUUGACGUGUCCGUACUGCGACCGCGGAUACAAGCGGCUCACGUCUCUGAAGGAACACAUCAAAUAUCGCCACGAGAAGAACGAGGAGAGCUUCGCCUGCCCGCUGUGUGCCGACACCUUCGGCCACCGCGCUCAGCUGGAGCGUCACAUGACCACGCACAAGCCGGCCAGAGAUCAGCCGCAGCUGCUGAACGAAGGAGCUGGAAACCGCAAGUUCAAAUGCACCGAGUGUGGAAAAGCCUUCAAAUACAAACAUCACCUGAAGGAGCAUCUACGCAUUCACAGCGGCGAGAAGCCGUACGAGUGCUCCAACUGUAAGAAGCGCUUCUCCCACUCCGGCUCCUACAGCUCCCACAUCAGCAGCAAGAAAUGCAUCGGACUGAUCGCCGUCAACGGACGAGUACGCAACGGAAACAAGCCCGGCUCCUCUCCGAACUCUACGACCUCAUCGCCUGGAAGCCCCGCCCUCGCACAGCUGCGCCACAAACUGGAAAACGGGCGACCGCACGACCUGCAGGGUCAGCUGGACAUUAAAGCCGAGCCGAUAGACUUCAACGAGUACCGGCUGCUGAUGGCCUCUCAGUUUGGGGGACCGAGCGUCUACAUGAACAGUCGUGGCGGAAGCCCGCUGGGCAUCCAUGGCUCCUCUCAGAGCCCGCUUCAACAUCUGGGCGGGCUGGGGAUAGACCUGCCCCUGCUGGGCUACGGAGGGCCUCUUGGGAACAACCUGAGUGAGGUGCAGAAGGUGCUUCAGAUUGUGGACAACACUGUGUGCAGGCAGAAGAUGGACGGGAACCCAGAGGAGAUCUCCAAGCUCAGGGCCUACAUGAAGGAGCUGGGGGCCCAGAUGGAGGAGCAGAAGCUGGCGCUGUCUGCUCAGCAGGCCGGCUUCCAGCUGGUGGGCCACAGCAGCCCCACUAAGAGUAUCAUCGACUACACGCUGGAGAAGGUCAACGAGGCCAAAAGUCUGAUCGAUGACUCUAAGAGGCAAUUGGACAUCAAACAGGAGAAGAACCUCAGUGAGGAGAAAUCCCAUGAUGGCCAGAACCAGUUCCUGCCAUUCUCCUGCCAGUUCUGCAAGGAGAGCUUCACUGGGCCGAUCCCUCUGCACCAGCACGAGCGCUACCUGUGCAAAAUGAACGAGGAUAUCAAAGCGGUCCUAAAGCCCGCUGAGACUAGUCCCGUGGGCCGCAGGGGGGCGAUGUCCUCUGAGCCGCCCACUAACGAGCGGAGCACCAGCCCCAUCCACCCCUUCAAGGACCACGUGUCAGUGCUCAAGGCCUACUUCGCCAUGAACACUGAGCCCAACUCAGAGGAACUUCUCAAGAUUUCAAUUGCUGUUGGACUUCCUCAAGAGUUUGUUAAGGAGUGGUUUACCCAGUGGAAGAGCCAAAACCACCACGGAGGCGGUCUAAGGAAAAAGUCGCCCACUCGUGACCACGGCGGAUCAGACGGCAACCACAGCUUAAGCCGGUCACCGUUGUCACAUCCUGCCAUAGAUUUCAUUAAUGGUGAUGCCUCCCACAGACUCUCAAUAAACAACCAGUUUACAGCCAAUAGGCAGACAACAGGGGACAAACCACUAGACCCCUUGGACCACUUGAGGAACAACACUCCGUCACCCCUCAACCUUUCCUCCACUUCCUCCAAAAACUCUCAGAGUAGCUCUUACACUCCAAACAGCCUAGCUUCUGAGGAUGCCCAUGGGGAUAUACCACUGGAUCUGUCGCUGCCCAAACACAUGGCACAGAGGAAGCGACACAGACCCAACGGCUUCAGCAUUGAUCGCAACGGUGAGCUGCAACUACAAGACCAGGCGUCCAGGCCUUUGGAUCUGGUCCACAUCAAGAAGGAGAUCCUGGGCCCAGAUGGCGGAGGGAACGCCAUGCACCAGUUGGACAAAAGUAGCAGUCCGAUCUUUGGGAUUAAUCCCUUCACAGGCAGCCCUGUCUACACCUCCCUGCCGACUCAUGGAGCUUUCCCUCCGCCUACCUUCAUGUCUCCUGCGCAGGCCACCAUCCCGGGCCUCAGGCCAUACCCAGGCCUCGACCCCAUGAGCUUCCUGCCCCACAUGGCCUACACCUACGCCACCGGGGCGGCCACAUUUGCUGAAAUGCAGCAGAGGAGAAAGUACCAACGGAAACCAGGUUUCCAGGGGGAGCUGCUGGACGGGACGGCGGACUAUCUGUCAGGCCUGGACGACCUGACAGACAGCGAUUCGCUGCUCUCCAGGAAGAAGAUUAAGAAGACUGAAAGUGGUAUGUACGCGUGUGACUUGUGCGACAAAACAUUCCAGAAGACCAGUUCCCUCCUAAGACACAAAUAUGAGCACACAGGGAAGCGUCCUCACCAGUGUCAGAUCUGUAAGAAGGCCUUCAAACACAAGCACCAUCUCAUCGAGCACUCGCGGCUUCACUCCGGAGAGAAACCCUACCAGUGUGACAAGUGCGGCAAACGCUUCUCCCACUCGGGCUCGUACUCGCAGCACAUGAACCACCGAUACUCGUACUGCAAGAGGGAGGCAGAGGAGCGCGAGGCGGCCGAGAGGGAGGCCAGGGACAAAGGCGGCGGCGGCGGCGGAGGCGGCAGCGUGGCGGUGGGCGGCAUGGAGCCCACCGAGCUGCUGAUGAGGAGGGCCUACCUGCAGGGCCUGGGGCCGCUCGGAUACUCCGACCCCGAGGACCAGCAGGAGGACGGCAGUGGCACCAUCCUGAGAGACGGCAGCGAGGGAAGAGUGAGCGAGAGGGAAGUGGACAAAUCGUACGAGGACGUGACAGACAGACAGGAAGCAAGUUUCAGGGAAGGAGAGGAAGAGGAGGAGGAAGGGGGGGGCGACAGCAGGAGCCAGAUGGACUUGAUGAGGGACGAAGGCGAGGGCAAAGACACGACGCAGCUGAUGGACGAGAGUUUACGAGAAGGGAAGACAGACGGCAAGUCGGACCAGGAGGACUGAUCCACAAACAGGAAUUGACAAGAAAAAAGCUUUGAGAACAUUUAGAGAUCCUUCAGGGACUGUACACUGAUUAUUAGAGUGGGGGGGGCACAGUUUAUCCACUCCUACUGUCACUCACCAAAAAUGACUCAUGAAGGUUUCAGCGGAUCGUUUGUCUUCAUGUUCAACUGAGACUAUGUUAGCGUGUUGCUAACGUAAUCUCAGUUCAAGCUAACGUUAUUGUAAAUGUGCCAGAUGUUCCGUAUGAAGCUACGAGCAGCUGCUGCCAGCGCUGGAAGUACUCACAUACUGUAGUACAAAUACUUCAUUAUGAGUUAAAGUCCUGCAUGAAAAAUCCUCCUACAGUAAAAGUUCAUAAGUAGUUAAAGGACUGACGUAUAUUAUUAUAUUAUUAUAUGCUUAUUAUUAUAUUAGAUUCACUUAUUUCCACCGCUGGCAGCUAGUUAGCUUAGCAAAGCUGGCCUCUGUCCAAAAGCAGCAAGAACUUCACUGAUUCAUACUUUUUAUUUAGUUUCUUUCGUUCGUACAAACUAACGUCUAAAAACUACAAGUCCGUUUUAACAUGUUUAUCUAUGUUUGUGUAGUGUAACGGGCGCGUAGAGUAAACGGCGUAGAGUAAUGGGCGCGUAGAGUAACGGGCGUGUAGAGUAACGGGCACGUACAGUAACGGAAGUUUAGAGUAACGGGCGCGUAGAGUAACGGGCGUGUAGAGUAAUGGGCGCGUAGAGUAACGGGCGUGUAGAGUAACGGGCGUUUAGAGUAACGGGCGUUUAGAGUAACGGGCGUAUAGAGUAACGGGCGUGUAGAAUAACGGGCGUUUAGAGUAACGGGCGUAGAGUAACGGGCGUUUAGAGUAACGGGCGUUUAGAGUAACGGGCGUAGAGUAACGGGCGUUUAGAGUAACGGGCGUAGAGUAACGGGCGCGUAGAGUAACGGUCGUUUAGAGUAACGGGCGUAGAGUAACGGGCGCGUAGAGUAACGGUCGUUUAGAGUAACGGGCGUUUAGAGUAACGGGCGUAGAGUAACGGGCGUAUAGAGUAACGGGCGUAUAGAGUAACGGGCGCGUACAGUAACGGGCGCGUAGUGCGCUAACUCAAAUUCCCCACAGACGGGUUGUAGCUGCUGUGGCAGUGGGCCAAUCACAUGUCGCAUUAAAUCAAAGAACGCUUGCAUUGAUUGGCUGUGAGCAUGUCCAUACAAAUAGUCAUAUUUUCACUCUGGGUGCAAAAAGUAAAGUUUGCAGGUAUCGUUUGAUACUACCUGGUAUCCAUUUAUUUCAGUCAGUAGGUUUCGGUACUAGAUACCUUAAAGGUUUCUAGUUUUCGACACCUAGUUUUGGACAGACCAGGCUAGCUGUUGUGCUAAGCUAACCUGCUGCUAGCUGUAGCUGGAAUGAAGGAAAUAUUGAGGUUUUAUUCGGAUAAUCGAACAUCUGGCGUUAAAAUGUUUAAACGUUUUUCAUGUUCAUGCAGAGAAACGUAAUGUGCUGUAAAGAUAAAUCAUAUUUUAUUUUAAAGUUUAUAUGUAGUAUUAUUUCCAAAAUGUGGAAUUCAACAUUGUGUUGAGUGUAAUUAAAGAAACCAUGAAACAGUUAAGAGUUAGUAAGAGUUAAUAAUGGGAUAAUUAGCGUACAGUCCCUGACUGAUGCAACACGAUGACGCCGACGUCCUCGUCAUGAAGCUGUGGGAUUGUUUAAAAAUCCACAUUAUGCAAAAAAUGAAAUAAAAACAAAAGAAGAAGAAGUGAUGAUGAUUUAAUGUACAGUAUUAUAAAGGCCUAAAAGCUGUGUGGUGCUACCAUGUUCUUAACUUCCUGUGUCUCGUGUUUGAUCCCCGAAUCACUACAAAACGAACGAAAAAAAGAGGGAAAACACGCGGCCACUUCCUGUCAGUGUUAUUGUUGUGUUACGAACACAAAGUCACUUCCUGUCAGUGUUAUUGUUGUGUUACGAACACAAAGUCACUUCCUGUCAGUGUUAUUGUUGUGUUUUUGUCUCUUUUCACUGUGACGUUUUUUUUAUUUCUUCGUUUAUUUUUUGCAAACUAACCACACGAUUUUGGGCCUCUUGAUUUUUUUCUUUUUUCUUUACGUGAAGGAACAUUUAAACCUGUGUGAUGUUAAAAUAAAAUGUCGAUGUGAGUCUUAAACGUGCGCGGCGGAGCAGAAUAUGUGAUGACUUUUCUCCAGAGAAAGCCUUAUAUGCAAACCUUUCACCUGUGCCAUCCCUGUACAGUGUUCAUCACCUGUGUUUCUGCUCGGCUUCAUAUUAAAAUGAAUAUUUCAUCUUGUUUUGAUUUGUCAGUAUUAGCGUAGAUAGACAGCAGUUUGUUAGUUUACAUAUGUUUGUGCAAUUUUCUGUAUUUUUUUGUUCCAUGACAGUAUUUUUUGUCAGUAUUACAUUUUUUUGUUGAAUUUUCCAACGCAAAUUUGUUCUUUUUGUUUUUGAGAAUUUACCAUUUUAUUUAUGUGACUCAUUUUAUAUUUCCUAAUUUUAUUUAUUUCAUACUGUAGUGUACAGUAUUAGAGUUCCUCACAAAUAGAUAUAUUUUAGUAAAAAUGAUUCUGUCAUUGACUAUUGGAGCAAAAAUAUGAAUAGAGCGUCUAUGGUAUUUGGAACAUUUCAAUUCUUUGUUUUGUUUUUGUUUCAUUUUGUUGUUUUUUGUUUUUUGAAACUACUGGAAAUUCUAAAUUCGGGGAACUUUUGAUACGAUAUUAUUGUGAAACACUGUAUUUUUGAGAGUAAAAAAAAAUCCACUUUAUUCAUCCCACUGAAGAGGUGAAGGAGGACUGAUGAUGAUGAUGAUGAAGGAAUUCCUGAAAUGUCUGAAGUAUUAUUAUUACAUUUUUACUUUCUCUUGGAAAUGACCAUGCUCGAAUACAUGUAGCCAAAUUAAAUUUUAAUAAAGCUGUGUUAUUCUUC